AUGAAUGUGGUUUUAUUUAAACCAUGGCAACGUGCGUUCUCAACCACAAUGUUGCGGACUCUUUCUGGAAACCCCCCAGAUCCUACCCACAUCUUUACUGAUCCCAAAACCAAUAAGGCACGGGAACCGCCCAACUUCUUCCAGGAGCAGGCGUUUGGAAAUGGUGCUAUUCGUGAUAAAACGUCUUUAUUUAAACCAGGGCAGAACGUGUUGGCCGAUGCGCUAAGCACGUCGAUUAGGGAGCAGCAGAGACAUCGCAAGAAAACGGUUUGGUCUUCAAUUUUCGUAACGGUAUUUGGAAUACUCUUUGGCUACUCGGUAGGAUAUAAGGUGGUUUAUAAAGGGGAGGAGGUUUUCAUUCCCGUUUGGCCUGCGAAGAGGUCGAGACCGCUUAGUACCAAGGAUGCUGCUGGUUUAAAUAUCCAGGAGGUGAAGCGCAUUGUAGAAUUUAGAGUUUUAGAGAAGUUAUCAAUGCAUAAAAUGAUUAAGGAACAAUUUGGCGUACCGCUACGCACGAAUUAUGGCAGGAAGCCGCAGUCAGAUCAGUUUCAGGUCUGGUGCGAAGAUGAGGAUCCUUGCAUCAAAGGUAUAGUUAUGAGACCAAGUAGCUCACGUUUAGAGAAAACUGACGACAAGUGGCAUCGAAUACCGCCUAUUCUUGAUUGGAGAAUGGCGUAUCGACCAAUUAGCAUACAGCGUAUGGUGGAGAAGUUUUUGAGUGUUUUCGGCUUGCGCACAUCGGAUUUGUUCCAGGUCGUGAAUCCCGAUAAAGUUUUGGGCGAUUUCAAGUAUGAACAUCCGUUACCUAAACGGAAUGAACACGACCAUUCCAUGCAUAUCUGUUUUCUAGGUAAGAUGCAUUUAAGUCCAGAUUCCGUGAUAGUAUAUAAGGGACAAUAUCAUGUUGAUGCAAGGCUGGAACAGAUCGAUUUACUAAGGUUGGAGAAUGGUGAGCUUGUACGAUAUGUCCUACACAAAACGGAAAGUAAUUAA